UAACUACUUUCGUCUAACGAAAAAUUGGCGAGGAAACAAAUGGCUACUGGAACUGGAACAAACAGGAAGAUCUCAGCUUCUUCUGCAAGAGCUCACACCCGCAAACCUAAAUCCAACUCUCAUUCAAGAAUUUCAGGGAUCUUUAAGAAACUUCUGUUGGUUUUCUUUGUGGGAUUCUUGGCUUGGGCCUAUCAGGCAAUAAAGCCUCCUCCUCCAAAGAUCUGUGGCUCGAAAGACGGGCAUCCAGUUACAGCUCCAAGAAUUCAGCUCAAGGAUGGAAGACACUUGGCUUACAAAGAAUUUGGUGUCCCAAAGGAUAAUGCAAAGCACAAGAUUGUGUUUGUCCAUGCCUUGGAUACUUGCAGGCAUGAUGUGUCUGCUAUAACUUCUGGACUCUCGCCGGAUUUUGUUGAAAGUGGAGGGAUCUAUAUCGUUUCAUUCGACAGACCUGGUUAUGGAGAGAGUGAUCCAAACCCUGCCCAAACACUUAGAAGCAUUUCUUCUGACAUCGAGGAGCUUGCUGAUCAGUUGGGAUUAGGAUCCAAAUUUUAUGUUGCUGGAUUCUCCUUGGGUGGCCAGAUUGUGUGGACCUGCCUCAAGCACAUUCCUCACAGGUUGGCAGGAGCAGCUCUGAUUGCACAUUAUUGGUGGAAAGGUAUUCCUUCGAACCUCUCUGCAGAAGCAUAUAAGAAGCAGCUUCUUCAGGACCAAUGGGCGCUUCGUGUAGCUCACUAUACACCGUGGCUUAUCUACUGGUGGAACACCCAAAAGCUGUUUCCUUGUAUGAGUAUUAUUGCUCGCAGCACCAAAGUUCUCUCUCAACAAGACGUAGAACUAAUGCCAAAGAUUCACUUCUUAAAACAAGAGACUGCGGCACAGGUAAGACAGCAAGGUGACUACGAGUCAAUUCACCGCGAUCUGGCAUUUGCCUUUGGGAAGUGGGAAUUCGACCCAACGGAAUUGAGAAACCCCUUUGCAGAAGGGUCAGGCUCUGUUGAUAUUCUGGUCCCUGCCACACUGCAGCGUGAGAUUAACUAUCACGAGGUUCGUGGUGCUGGCCACAAGUUUCUGUACGCUGAUGGAAUAGCUGAUUCGAUCAUACAAGCACUUGUUUCUUAGGAUGCCUGCACCAGAUGUGGAGUAUGAUUUUUCAACAAUUUAGAGAAAAGACCUGAAUCUAGACGUAAUGAAUCUAGCAAUUAGCAUAAGAGCAUGAUUAAUGCCGCGGACCACACCUGGGUCCUGGCCAGCGGCUUGGAACGUUGGAGGGGAGGGAGACGCGGCUCAGGCGGCGCCUGGUGACGAAGGAGAGUCCCCGGGCCGCACCCGGUUGGGUCCUGGCCGGCCUUGCAUGCUCCCGGGGCGCGCCGCAAUUCAAUUUUAUUUUUCUUUUUUUUUAAAUUGAAUUUUUUUGGAUUGUUGCACAUGCAUACCUUCAUAUUUGUUGUAUUUUCGAGUUGAGGAGAGAA